AUGCUGUACCCUCUACCGCUGUCGACUCCGAGAGCGAUAAGACUUUUCAGAACGUUAUCGGCAAGCCCGACUCGAGCUCCACACCCGUUCUCCUCCCACGUCCUAAAGAGCUCCACUCAAGUCCGAACACUAGGGGGAUGUUCUCACCAACGAUAUGGAAACGUCGAUGCCCACGCACGGAUACGGAUAACCCGGUAUCAACGCCUUUCUCAAUCAAGACUAGGUGGCACACCAGCUGUUCAUCCACGACAAGCCCCAGCUCCAGCGGUAUGGGGCCAUCAACACCACUACCGUCGUCGCCCGUGGUGGACUACAAGGUGGGACGGGACUAGGUCCAAACCCAGCACCCCGGGAUCCACACAGAAUGCGGCACACCCUCAGAUGAGCUUCUGGGAAGCGGAAAGUGCCCGGAUGCAGCAGAGGAUGGAGCAGAUUCGGAAAGAAAUCGCCACCGAUCCAUACACAGCGCUUUUCGGGAGAAGGCUUCAGUCGUUGGGCUUCCCCAGUAACAUGGAGAAUAGGAUUAUGUCUGCAUGUCGUUCGGUUUUCGGCAUGGGCAAAGCAGACGAGAUUGACAGAACCACCCACGUUGCUCAGGACAGGAAUGUGCAGGACCUUGAAUAUGAUCCGAUUCGUGGUCGUAUGGUUCCUCGGAAAUCGUCCAAGCACACCGCUGAGACACGUGGCGGAGGAUCUCCGGACACCGUUGUCGGGAACCACACGCAGCAUGAGACCCGGACCGGCUACCUUUCUGCUGUUGAUCGGGUGAAAGAGCAUGCAAACGAUGGUGCGAGUACACUCCAGGAUUCAGAGUCGGCGAAGGAAACCCAGGCAGAUCCAUCAUGUAUGCUGGGGCAAGCGGGCACAAGCUCAGACGGAGCUACGCUCAGUGAAUCUCAUCGGCAUCAGGACUCCCUCGAACGCCCGACAUCAGAAGUGGAAAGUCGUGGAAACGGUAUGAAAGAGCAACUCAAUUCGGACCAUGGAGCACAAGCGAAUGGACUUGAGAGUCAAACCUGGUCCAGAUUUCCGGCAUUCAACCCAGAUCACUAUAAACCCACAAGCUUCGCAGUUGGAGGUCCAGCUCAGCAACCGGAACCACGGCUAAGAGAAGAGAGGGCAGAGGAUCUGGACCUCCUGCGUGCUAGCGACAUCCGUUCGUUGUAUAACGCAAAGAGCUUGAAGGGAGAUCCCGAGGCGCGGCACAAGACGCGCAAAGACUUGGAUACUGCUUUUGACUCUUAUAUAGACCCCCUCAGCGAUGUGAAGGCUGAAGAUGUGAGAGCAAGGUUUCAAGAACCCGUGCCUGCAUCGUCAGUGAACGGAGCGACAAGAAGCGGGCCCUCCAUGCUGGAAAGUACGGCUCAACUUCAGUCAGUGGAAGGUAGUUCCAAUAACUCUGGACUGCCAGUGCAAGAAGAGCACACAGACGCAUCGUUUCCUGGCAAGCAGGCUCGCAAAAGCACCCAGGCCACCGCAGGCAGCUCUCUCAUCGGCGACACUUACCGCGUUUUAGCAUAUGAUCCUUCGACCCUGCAGAUCACACGAGCGGAAUCGAACUCCUCCUUUCAUACAACGCACGAGUUUCUCCACCCAUCUGAAAUCCUUCCCCGCCUGAAUAACCCAUCCAAGUUCUUGCCAUACUUUGAAGAGAUGCAAAUCGAUGGCUAUGAGAUCGUCUCGGGUGGCGGAGACAUACUUGUGUUCAAAAAGGCUCUCGCGGAGAACGCGGAGAACGUGAAGCGCGAGCUUGGUGCCUAUGUGAGAGACGAACCCUUGUUCAGCGAUGAGGUUUCACGUCGACCAAAUACAGCCAAUACCGCGAGCCCUGCAUCUGGCUCCAGUUGCUCUGAGACCAAUGUACCUCCUCGGAAGAGCAGAAGUAGAAUUGGCACAAUCCUACGCCGGAUGCUCAUCGGUGGGUUUGCCACGGCAGCAACGUGCUAUGCCCUUGGUGUUGUCAGCGAGUAUUUCCGAACCGGUGGACAGGAUGGACGAGGCAUUGACGGGUUCACCGAAUUUGAAUCCGAAAGGCGGCAUAGGGAUCGAGAGUAG